CUGCUGAGCUCCCGGCGUCAACCCAACGUGGACACGGCGGUGCAGAAGCUGCGGGCUCAGGGUCUGGAGGUCAGCGGGGUGGUGUGCCAUGUGGGGCAGCCCCAGGACCGGCAGCGCCUGGUGCAGACGGCAUUGGACACCUAUGGUGCCAUUGACAUCCUGAUCUCCAACGCCGCCGUCAACCCCGUCAUGGGCAGCACCCUGGAGGUCGAGGAGGCAGCCUGGGAGAAGAUCUUCCAGGUGAACGUGACGGCAGCAGCGAUGCUGGUGAAGCUGGUGUUGCCCCACAUGGAGAAGAGAGGGUGAGAGGGGGUGGGCUG